UCGUAGGGUGCGCUCGCUCGUUCUCGCCAUUUUGUUAAUGUGACGUGGCUAACUUUGCGUGUAGUUUCGUUGUGAAAAACCUUGUACUAUUCCUAAUUUAAAAAGAUUAUCUUUUAAAAAUGGAACUUUUAUGUGAUUUAGACUUUUUCAAUUAAAUAAAUAAGUCUUAAUAGUGCACUUAUUUUUUGGUUUUUUCGGCGGAGAAACGAUGUACUGGCAAAAAGGACUGCAUAGCACCAGAAUCGUCAUAAAUCUCCAAAGAAAAAAAAAUAACAAUUGAAGAUGUAAACACUGAAUAGCUGCUAUGACUUUCAACGCAACAACGUUUGUGGGAGGAGUCCUCAUAUUAAAAACUCUCACCGGCGAAUCAGUUGAAGUAUUAGAUGAACCGAAAUCGAAUCGAACAACAGACAUUAUUGACGGCAAAAUAGUACAAAUCACUUUUUGUAUUCUCUAUACCAUAAUCUUCGUUUUAGGCGUAUUUGGAAAUGUCCUUGUCUGCUUCGUGGUUUUCCGUAACAAAGCCAUGCAGACAGUUACUAAUCUGUUUAUAACGAACUUAGCAUUGUCUGAUAUAUUGCUCUGUGUUUUCGCUGUACCUUUAACACCAAUGUACACUUUUAUAGGACGAUGGGUGUUCGGUCGAUUAUUGUGUCAUCUUAUGCCUUACGCUCAAGGUACCAGUGUUUACAUAUCGACACUCACUCUCACCUCCAUCGCUAUAGAUAGGUUCUUUGUCAUAAUCUACCCAUUUCAUCCGAGAAUGAAACUAAAUACAUGUAUACUAAUAAUAAUUUUCAUUUGGUUGUUCUCGUUGGUUGUAACAUGCCCAUAUGGUCUGUUUAUGGGAAUUCAGAUAACAAAUAAUAAAACGUACUGUGAAGAGAGUUGGCCGUCAGAUAGAUCAAGAAAAAUUUUUGGUGUUUGCACAACUGUAUUGCAGUUCCUUAUACCCUUUCUUGUUAUAGCAGUAUGUUAUACAAGCGUUAGCAUAAGGCUAAACGACCGGGCGAGGUCAAAACCUGGUGCUAAGAAUACCAGGAGAGAAGAAGCAGAUAGAGAUAGAAAACGAAGAACUAAUAGAAUGUUGAUAUCAAUGGUGGCUAUAUUCGGAAUAUCAUGGCUACCAAUAAAUUUAAUAAAUAUUUUUAACGAUUUCUAUGCCCAAAUGACUGAAUGGAAUUACUAUUACGUGUCGUUCUUCUUAGCUCACUCGAUGGCAAUGGCGUCCACAUGUUACAAUCCAUUUCUUUAUGCGUGGUUGAAUGAUAAUUUUAGGAAAGAGUUUAAGCAAGUUCUGCCGUUUUUUGAAGCAACGGGCGGAGCUCGAAAUAGUUAUCAUUCUGGACGGAUGCCGACACACAAAGCAGAUAAAAUAUGCAAUGGAAAUGAUACCAUACAAGAAACGUUGCUUGCUUCAUCAUUUAACAGAGGUCCUUCAUUGAAACAAAAAAUAUUAGAUGGGAAUGGAAGGAAAGAUGGUAUAGAGGUAGAAAAUAUUCUCCUAGAAGAUAAAGUUACGAUGUUCCAUACAAAAACUGAAACGAUUAAUUUGCAAUUGAUAGACGAAGAGUCACAAUUGAACGAGCAAAAGGAAACACAAUUAGCAGAUUAUUUGACUACCUCACCUCGUCUAAGUGAAGUUAAGGAGACUAAUUUUGGAACAUAGACAGAAAAGGAUUUUCAUUUAUUAUGGAAGUGUUUAAAUAAUAAUUUACCCUAAAUAUAUAAGUAAUUGAUUACUAUUCUGAUAUAAGUACCUCUUAGAAAUGUUAUAAUCUUUGAAAAUAUUGCAACUUUUUUUCUAUUAGUAAGAUGCAUUUAUUUGUACAUAAAAUUGUGAUUAAUAAGUAGUGUUAAAUUAAUUAUUAUUAAUUAAAUAAGUACUAUCAUUAUUAUUGCGUUCAAAACGUAAUUCUUAUUUUCGUUUCGCUUACUGUGAUUAUUGGAAUAGACUAACCUUUUUAUUAUAUGAAUUGUAAAUAGUUAGUUACGGUUUUUACCAUAAUUAUUACAAGUAUCCAAAGGCCUAUCAAAGUUAUGUGAAUAAUUGAAUGUAAAAUGAAAUGAAAUUGUAAAAUAAUGUUAUAAAUAUUUUAUUACAGUCUGUUUCUUUAUAAACUUUUGAGCCCUAUUUUAAAUUGGAUUGUAAAAAUCUUAUACAUCUUUAUUAUUAUUAUUAGCUCAAAUAUUUAUUGAUAAAUCAUUGCUUGUUCAAUGACAAUCCAUUUUGAAAUUUGAAGUUUAUAAUGAAACAUACUUUGUAAGAAAUGCUAUUACUUUUUUGUAAAUAUAAGUAUAUUAAUGAUAAUACGUAAUUUAAUUUAAAAUAUUCUUAUUGAAGCAUAUGAUAGACAUGGCGAUUAGCAUGAAAUGUUAUAAUUAAUACUAAAAAUAGUAUUUAAUUGACGAAAGUAUGUAAUAAAAAAAUAUUAUGCUUAAAUAAAUUUAAAAAAAAUAGUAAUGAUACUUAAAUAGGUUUAAAUUAGAAUUAUUGAAUUAAUGUUAUAGAUAAUAAAAGUUGUUGUUUUAUGA